AUGAAGGUGCUUGAGGUGAAAGCUUAUGUGCCACCCAUCCCUUUUCUCCAAAGGCUUAAGAAAAAGGCAAUGGACGAGCAAUAUCAAAAGUUUGUGGAGUUGCUCAAGAAACUUCAAGUGAACAUGUUUUUUUUUGAAAUUCUUGCUGAUAUACCUGCUUGUGCAAAGUUCUUGAAAGAGAUAGUGUCUAAUAAAAAGAAGUUAGAAGACUUUGCAGAGGUGUCUCUUACUGAGGAAUGCAGUGCAGUGCCACAAAAUGGUUUUCCUAUCAAAAUGAAAGAUCCAGAGAGUUUUAAUGUACCUUGUCAAUUUGAACAUAUUAUUGUUGAUAAAUGUUUGUGUGACCGUGGAUAUAGUGUUAAUUUGAUAUCUCUAUCAUUUUUCAGGAAAUUAAAGUUUGCCAAUUUGGGGCCUAUUCAAGUGAUUCUACAACUGGCUGAUCGUUCAGUGUAUUAUCCUAUUGGUAUUGUUGAUGAUCUAUUAGUUAAAGUCGGUAAAUUUUAUUUUCCUACUGAUCUUCUUGUUCUUGACAUGGAGGAGGAUAUUUGUAUGCCAAUUAUCCUUGGUAGAGGGGUUUUAGCUACAGAAGAGGCUAAUAUAGACUUACUUGAAGGAAAAUUGAUUUUAAGUAUUGGUAAAGAGAAAGAAGAAUUUAAUGUCUUUGAACUCUUAUAA